AUGGCUCCCGAUACCCCCGCUGCCGAUGCUCCGGCGCCCGACCCGGCCACGGCCAAGAAGAAUGAACAAAAGGAGAAGGCCAAAGCUGAUAAAGCGGCCAAGUUCGCGGCAAAGCAGGCCAAGCUGAAGCAGCAGCAACCCCAGCAGAAAGCUGCUACCCAAGCGGCCCCGAAGCCCCCCAAGGCUCAAGCCCCGUCCCUCCCUCCGUACCAAGACGAAACCCCGGCCGGCGAGAAGAAGGCCAUCCAGUCUUUCGAGCACCCGCAUUUCCAGGCAUACAACCCCAAGGCAGUUGAGUCUGCUUGGUACCAAUGGUGGGAGAAGAGCGGCUUCUUCCAGCCGCGACCCGCUCGGUCGCCCGACCACGGGAAGUUCGUCAUCCCUCUCCCGCCCCCCAACGUGACCGGCGCACUCCACUGCGGUCAUGCGUUGGCCAAUUCACUCCAGGACACCCUGAUUCGGUGGUAUCGGAUGAAGGGCUUUUCCACACUCUGGGUUCCCGGCUGUGACCAUGCCGGUAUAUCUACACAGUCUGUGGUCGAGAAGAUGCUCUGGAAGAAGGAGAAGAAGACGCGCCUGGAACUUGGCCGCGAGAACUUCACGAAGCUUGUUUGGGAGUGGAAGGGGGAAUACCAUGAGCGCAUCAACAACGCCCAGAGGCUCAUGGGUGGCUCGAUGGACUGGACGCGCGAGGCUUUCACCAUGAAUGAGAAUCUCAGUGCCGCUACCAUGGAGACCUUUUGCCGGCUUCAUGAUGAGGGGUACAUUUACAGAUCAAGCCGCUUGGUCAAUUGGUGUACACACUUGCAAACAGCCCUCAGCUCGUUGGAGGUGGAAAACAAGGACAUCACCGGUCGCACCAUGCUCGAUGUUCCAGGCUACGACCGAAAGGUUGAGUUUGGUGUCCUCACCUUCUUCAAGUAUCCGAUUGACGGCACCGAUCUCACGAUUGAGGUUGCAACUACCCGUCCCGAAACCAUGCUUGGCGAUAGUGGGAUUGCCGUUAGCCCGGGGGAUACUCGCUACACGCAUCUCGUUGGCAAAUUUGCGCGCCAUCCGUUCACAGACCGCCUCCUCCCUAUCGUUGAAGACACUUACGUGGACCCGGAAUUCGGUACCGGAGCGGUCAAGUUGACCCCUGCUCACGACUUCAACGACUACAAGCUGGGUGAACGUCAUAAGCUCGAGUUCAUCAACAUCCUGAAUGAGGACGGUACUCUCAACGAGAAUGCUGGCCCCAUGUUCCAAGGUCAAAAGAGGUUCAAUGCUCGGUACACUGUCGUCGAGGAACUGACUAAGCGCGGACUCUUUGUCAAGAAAGAGCCCAACGCCAUGACUAUCCCUCUGUGCGAGAAGACCAAGGAUGUUAUCGAACCAUACAUGACGCCUCAAUGGUGGGUCCGCAUGAACGAGAUGGCAGAUGCCGCCCUGAAGGUUGUCGAGGAAGGCAAGGUCAAGAUCAGCCCCGAAAGUGCAAGGAAAUCCUACGAUAGAUGGUUGGCCAACGUUAACGAUUGGUGCAUCUCUCGCCAGCUAUGGUGGGGCCACCGCAUCCCAGCCUACCGUGUCAUCCUCGAGGAGGAGGAGGGUGAGCGUGAGACCGACAAAUCCCCGUGGGUUGUCGGCAGGACGCCCGAGGAAGCUCAGGCGAAGGCCGCGGCCAAGUACGCGGGGAAGAAAUACCGUCUGGAGCAGGACCCUGACUGCCUCGACACUUGGUUCAGCUCUGGCUUGUGGCCUAUGUCUAUCCUCGGAUGGCCCAACACCGAAAGCAGCGACUUCAAGGAGUUCUUCCCGACCAGCAUGUUGGAGACGGGCUGGGACAUUCUGUUCUUUUGGGUCAUUCGGAUGAUCAUGCUCAGCCUCAAGCUGACGGGCAAGGUUCCCUUCACUGAGGUCUACUGCCACAGCCUUAUCCGCGACUCUGAAGGCAGGAAGAUGAGCAAGUCUCUGGGUAACGUCAUCGACCCUCUCGACAUCAUCAACGGUAUCGAGCUUGAGGAGCUCCACGCCAAGCUCCUCACGGGCAACCUCAAGGAGGAUGAGGUUGAGCGCGCCACCAAAUACCAGAAGACCGCAUUCCCCGGCGGUAUCCCCGAGUGCGGAGCGGACGCGCUCCGGAUCACCCUGCUUUCUUACACCACUGGUGGCGGUGACAUCAACUUCGAUAUCAAGGUGAUGCACGCCUACCGCCGGUUCUGCAACAAGGUCUGGCAGGCCAGCAAGUAUGUGCUAGGCAAAUUACCCCAGGAGUUCGUUCCGGCUUCAAAACUUGACACCUCGGCUCUCUCCGUCCCGGAGCGCUGGAUACUUCAUCGGAUGAACUCUGCCGUCAAGGGUAUCAACGACGCACUUGAGGCGCGGCAAUUCUCCACGGCCACAAAGCUUGCUUACCAAUUCUUUUAUGAUGAGUUGUGUGAUGUUUUCAUCGAGAACAGCAAGGGCAUUCUGAGCGAUGGCACCCCAGAGCAGCAACAAAGCGUCCAGCAAACUCUGUAUCGGACGCUGGAUGUCGCGCUGCGCCUCCUGCACCCCUUCCUGCCCUACAUUACGGAAGAAUUGUGGCAGCGCCUCCCCCGCAACAAGGACGAGUCGGUGGCCUCCGUCAUGUUGGCACCGUAUCCCGAGCCCGACAGCACGUUGGAGUUUGUGUCGGACGCAGAAGACUACGAACUUGGCCUUCAGUGCGCCGGUGGUCUCCGCUCCUUGGCCGCCGACUACAAUAUCCGCGCGGAUGGGUGCGGUUUCAUCAAGGCGUCCACGGCAGCGAGCUUUGAGAAGGUCAGCGCGCAGCUCCAGGCCAUCAAGACUCUUUCCGGAAAGGGCGUUUCUGAGGUCAGCGUUCUUGGUCCCGAUACCGACGAGGCGUCGUCACCGAAGGGCUGUGCCGUUUAUGUUGUCUCUGCCAACGUCGCGGUUCUCCUGCAAGUCAGCACACAGAUCAAGGACAUUGAUGCGGAAAUCAAGAAGAUCAACACCAAGUUGCAGAAGACCAACAUCUCCAUCACAAAACAACAGGAGCUGAUGGGGCGUGAGGGUUUUGAGAAAGUCAGCGAUGUGGUCCUCACCGCUGAGAAGAAGAAGCUGGCCGAUGCUCAGGCGGCGAAGGAGAACUACGAGAGGACGCUGGCGGAGUUCAGUAAGCUGAAGCUCUGA